AUGGAGUCAUCCGUCGUGCAGCCACCCCUGCCGCCCCUCCCGGCGUACACGGCAGAUAUCAAAAAUCCCAAUGCUUCCCUUACCGAAUACACGCGCGGCAUGAUGUCGCCCACCCACAAAUCGUCUAUCGCCGGCCGUUGGGGAGCGUGGUUUAUAUUCUCUCUCUUGCUUGCCCUCGUUCCACUUGCGGGACUGGCCUUACCGCUCGCUCUUUCCGGAAAACGCAUCUUUGGCCCCCAAAUAAAUACCAUUCAACUUUCCUUCGCUAUAAUACUACUCUACAUCGAGCUCCUUGUUGCCAUCUUCUCUGCCAUCCUUUUUAAUUUCCCUCAUUUCUUCGCAUACCACCGCAUAUUAUCAGCCGCUUGUCCUCCUCGACGACAUCGAUCGCACUGGUCAUUUAUGUCUCUACGACGUCUUCAAAGGCUCAUUCGGGCGAAUCCCUAUUCGAUCCUUUUGCGUGGGACACAGGGCAGGACCACAUCCUUCGGUGUGUGAUCAGUCACCCGGAUUCACCAUAUUUACUCACGUCUCCUUCAGUCGUGAACUCGACGACAACUGUCGGGCAGCUUCAACAACAGCUCCUCGCGAGACAUUACAUUCCCGAUGACUUCUGGGCCUACCGCCGGGCCGUGUUCAUUAAGCCCGGGCGUCUCCUGCCUCUGGGCUCUUGGGAGACCAUGGCCGAGAUUGGAGUAGGGGCUGGGGCUCACCUUGAGCUUCGUUUCCUACGCAUUGGUGGAGAUCCUGGUGAGUGCUUAUAUCUUUCCUCUGCAUUCAAGUGCUGAUAGCACGGCAGGCUCUCCUUCGACAAGCACAGAC